AUGAAAUCUGUUCUGUCAGAAUGUGGUAUACAAUCACAUAUAUCAGAUAAAACUGUAGAUUCAAACAAUCCUUCGGAAGCUGAGGAUUAUGAUAGAUUUGAAUAUAAUUAUGGAUGGGCACGGAGUAGAAAAUUUCUAAAACAGCUGGUUAAAGACAAUAUUGAUUUGUCUCUAGUGGAAUAUGAAAUAUUACGGCAUACGAAAAAUAAAAGGCCAAAAACGUGGAAACAGUAUUUCCUAGUUUGCCUUCGGAGUAACAUUCUACAAGUAUUAAUGUCUUUAUUAGUAUUACUUGAUGCAGGGAUUGUAAUCAGUGAAAUAGUUUUGGAAAUACAAUCACUUCAAACGUACAAAAGUAAUUUUCGCACACAGCUUGAAGAAUUCCGUGAUAUUAUAUGCACUGUUAUGUAUAGAACUGCACCUGAAAUGGAACUUCCUUUCCAAUGUUAUUCAGAUGAACGGGAACUGCAUUUCAGAAAAUCUAGUAAAAAACUAAAUUUCACAUAUUAUAACAAAGUUAUGCAAAAUCAAACUACUCCAGUUGAACAUGCGAGUCAAGUAAAAAUCUAUACUGAAGAAUCAAAUUAUACAAAUCCAAGCCCUAGAAUACAGAACACACAUCAUUUUCAUCUUAACAAUCACCUCGAGAAAGAUGAUGAAUUAUUGAUGGAUAUGUGUAGCUUCCUUUCUCAUUGGUACCAAAAGUACGAACCAUCUAUAAAAUGUUUUUUGAGUAGUGAAAUGAAUAGUAUCAUUCGGCGUAUAUUUUCAAAUUUAAUGCCAAUCAAUGCCACAGUAAAUUUAACUGAAACAAAGAAUCAGACAAGUAUCUAUUUAAAUGAUAAACCAAGAAUUUUUCAAUCAGGAAGUCAAACAGAUUUACAUACUAUAAUCCCAUUUUUGUUUUCUACUAUAAAUAGUACUACUUUUUAUGAACAUACAGAUGGAAAUGAAUUAAUUUCUCAUGAUGAUAAUGUACAUAAUGAAGGAUUUUGUGGAGAUUCAUAUUUAAAAAGACGUCAGCUCGGCGCAAGAGCAAUGCAUGAAGCUUCAGAAAUUUUGCAUUAUUUAAGCAUUGCUAUCACAGCCUUAUUCUUUUUGUGUGUAAUAUUGAAAUUAAUUUGUAUUGGGAAGGAAUUUUUUCGGGAUACAAAUGAAUACUUUGAUGGAGCAAUUAUAGUAGCCUCUCUAGCUUCCGAUGUACUGUAUGUUCGUUAUGUAUCCGAAACUGCAGCUGCAAUGGUUGUUUUACUGUUAUGGCGGAUUAUCCGAAUUAUAAAUGCCCUUAUGAUGCACAAGAAACAACAAUAUGAAUUUCGAAUAGCAAUGCAAAAGCGUUCAAGAAGAAUUUUAGGAAGAAAAAUGGAAGUUAUACGUACUGAAAAAGAAAUGCAAGAUAAACAUAUACUUGCUCUAGAAAACUUACUCAAAGAAAUGGGAGUUUCAAGUGAUACCAUACGCAAAUGCAAGCCAUUAUAUAAAAAAUGUACAAAAGAACAAACAAACAAUGCCUUAAAAUCUAUUGCAGCAUUAACUACAGGUUUUAUGGGUGGUCUUGUUGGUGCACCUUCACAUGUUCAAGAUGUUAUAUCAAAGUAUGGUAAUAGUAAAUUUUCUAGUACACAAAAUUUUACACAAUCAACAUUACAACAGUCAGGAUCUCUAAAUGUAUUAUCUAAAUAUCAACGUCAAUCGGUACCAAGGUUAGUACAUAUUCAACUUCCUGGAAAUAAACGUUUGCACAACCAACAAAUGUGUAACAAUUAUGAAAAAAGUACAAACUAUUCUUAUGGCGAUCGCGACCAUAUUUCUGAUGAAAUAAAACCUCCUAGCAUCAUACAGGCUACAGAUGAAGAUAAUUCAGACUUUGACAAACUUUUAAAAGACCACGUGCAUUCAGCUUGAAUCCACAAGAACACUGGAGUUCACUUCAAGAAAAACAAUUUCAGUCAUUAUUAUUACAAAGUGAGUCUACG